AUGCCGACUUCCACGUCUACAAUUCACAAAUCAGAUGAUUCCCAGCGCUUACUUGAGUCCUUGGCUUCGCCGAAAUGCGCCCGGAUAAGCCGAGUGGAUCAACAGCCGCAAAAUAAGCUUAUCGACUUGGCUCCUAACCGACAUCUCCCAUUCAAAGUCGGGCUCACUCAGGUGCUCGAGCUGAUUGUCGUACUCGAAUCGUACCACUGGCUGGAGAUCUCUCAAGACUAUGACGGCUCACAAGGCGUUGCACGAAGGCGGUCACCGCCCGGUCGCAUUGAGCCCGAGCGGCCGACCACAUGGAGGCUGGACACCAGAGCACAGAAGCCUCAUAAUUACUACAUCCAUUAA